GCAGUAACCCACUGUGACUGAAGCUAGCUGGUUGUGUCUUCAUGGUCGCUCACUCUAGGCUAAUCUGUUGUUGUGUUGUUAUUGGAUCUGAGUGAUCGAAGUUGCGUAGCAAAAAAGUGAUCUUUGAACCGGCUAAGGCUAAAGUUGCACAACGGGUGAAGAGUGCGAAGAUGUCUUCGCUUAAAUUCUAUUACGAUCUGAUGUCGCAGCCCUCGCGCGCGCUGUUCAUCAUAUUCCGUUUGAGUGGAAUGCAGUUCGAGGAUUGUGUUGUAGCGCUGCGCAAUGGCGAACAUCUGACAGAUGAGUUCAAGCUGAAUAUAAAUCGCUUCCAGCGUGUCCCCUGCAUUAACGAUAAUGGCUAUAAGCUAGCGGAAAGCGUGGCCAUAUUGCGUUACCUCAGUGCCAAGGGCGAGAUCCCGGAGAUACUCUAUCCCAAGUAUUUUGUUAAGCAGGCGCGCGUUGAUGAGUUCCUCGAGUGGCACCAUAUUUCGCUGCGCAUCACCUGUGCCAUGUACUUCCGCACCAUCUGGCUAGAUCCGCUGCUGACGGGUCGUUCGCCCACCGAGGACAAAAUCGAGAAGCUGCGCAUGCACAUGGAGCGUAAUCUGGACAUCAUCGAGGAGGUGUGGCUGGCCAAGAGCGAGUUCCUUACCGGAGCCACGCUCACGGUUGCCGACAUCUUUGCUGCCUGUGAAAUUGAACAAACGCGCAUGGCCGACUACGAUGUGCGCAUUAAGUAUCCCAAGAUACGCGCCUGGCUGAAGCGUGUGCGGCACAGCUGCAAUCCGCACUACGAUGCUGCCCACGCGUUCGUCUACAAAAUUUCGGGCACUGGACCGCAGGCCAAGCUUUAAAGCAUUACCAAAACCGCAAUUGCUCUCCCAAGCUUUUGUCAAUAGGAUUUAGUUUUGUGUUUGUAUUUAUAAAUGUUAAGCUAGCAGAUAAUAUGCAUUGU